CUGCAUUUACUGCCCCUCUAAACAAAGUUGUGAGUUGUAAAACACAAUUUGGAUGGCAUUUACUGCAAGUUCUCUCUGAGAGGUCGCCUUCUUGAAACUUUACAGGGGAAUGCUUACAGCGGCUUUUUCGUCUAUGUUUGCGUAUUGUCUCAUUCCAUCUACUAAUUUUCUCUUAAUACCAGAGAAGAAUGUGUGCUUCGUGAGAUUCAACCGAAGGACUUUCAUGUCAAAUUCCAAGAUCCAGAGUUUCUUGUGGAGGUUCAAUUGAUCGAUGUCCGAGAACCUGAUGAAGUGUAAGUCCCCUUGUUGCUCUGAGUUGAAUUCAUCUUCCGCUAUUAAUUCCACAAGAUUGAUUCAGUACUGCGAGGUUAGAAGGGAUUGUUUGGAUGAGGGAUUUCAUCCAAAUCCCGCACCCUGUGAUUUUAACCGAUGAUCAAUUUGAAUAACUAAUUAAGUUAAGAAAUUAUCAGACGGUGUAUGUUAUGUUGUCCUUGAUUGACAACCUUACAUGAUCUACUAUGAACAACUAUUCUAAAAUCAGGAAAUCUCAAUUGUGAAUCAUUAUAAUCUUCCUGUGACAAAUUAAUUCUAAGAUUGAUAUAUGUUUAUGCUUAAGCAUGCUAUGUAUGGACCAUAUGUAUACUUUUUUCAUCACACCAUUGUUUGCUUUUGUUGGCUUCUUUAAAUCUAUAGUUGUUUGGCAAGGAUCCAACAUGUAUUCUAUGUUUAACUGCUUUCUUCAUUCUUGUUUUAUUUUAUUUUUGGUUUUAGGGCCAAAGCAUCAUUGCCAAGUUUUGAAGUUCUGCCACUCCGUCAGUUUGGAACUUGGGGUCCUGAAAUAACUACCAAACUUGAUCCUCAGAAGGACACAUAUGUUAUGGUAUGUAUAUUUCUUCUCAUUCAUUCUUAGUUGUACCCUUCCUUUUAAUAUUAUCUCUUCAUUAUGGAAGCAUCUGUUGUAUAAUAAAUGAUGAAUAAGGAUACUUUACAAGAGGGAAAAAACGUUAACUCUAUCUGGUAGAGUAGAUAAAACCAUCUUUCCUUCAUAUUCAAUUUGAAAAAUCACAUAAUCUGCAGAGUACUUCUGGCUCUUCUCUUAAUGAUUUGGUUUUGGUUAGUGUAGCCACAAGCUAUUCUGUUAAAAUUUAUCAUCAUUAAUGCGUUUAUCAAUGAGCAAUUACACAUAACAUGUAGUUGAAACCGAAUUGGGUAAAUUGAUGACCUAUAGAUCUUUCAUUAUGGUUUCCUAAUAUCCUUGCACUGGAUUCACUUACAUACAAUUAACCCAUCUCGGGAGCUAGAACUUCUUCAGCAUACUAUUCGUAGAUUCAUUUGAAUUCUAGUUUUCUUGAUAAACCGAUGAAAAGAAGUAUAAAGUCAACUAUUAUGAGAAAGAGAAUCUGUAUAAUAUUUACUGUUGGCCAGGUGGGCACGCAGAGUCUGGACUGCUUUACAGUCACGUAGACUAUUACUGAUGCAAUAAGACUCCAAAUGUAACCUGGAGGUAGUGUCAAGCUAUUUGACAUUAUUGUUAUGUUUGAGGUUUGCCCAGUUUUCCAUAAUCAAGCAUGGUCUGUUGAGAACUCAUGUAAAACUGUCAACAGCCACCACCACUCAGUAGUAACCUUAGGAUACAGUAAAACAUAAACCGCUUUUGCUUCAAUGUGUUCCUACGUACGGGUGUGAAACCGAGGGCUUGAGGAACUUAGCAUAGUUGACAAGCUUUUCUCCAAUGUUGGAGUUUGUAAAAAGUAAUUUGCAGAGACACUGAUCAUAUAGCUCCCUGCUACUAAUAUCUUCAUAUCUUGCAUUAGUUGUAAGAACGAACUCCAUAUUGGAGAAAAGGCUAAUAACUAAUAAGGCAUGUGUCCUAAAUAUUGCAGUGCCAUCAUGGGAUGCGGUCAUUACAGGUAGCAAAGUGGCUGCAGAGUCAGGUAAUAUAUAACCUCCUUAUAAGCCCUCUUGAGCUUCUUCUUCUUCUCUGUAGCACCAAAACAACACUUAUUUUCUUGUCUCUGAGUCGUGCUUGCAUAACUCCCUUCUCAUGCUUAUGGGUACUUUUAAAAGACAAUGGCUGCUACUAUGAUCUGUAGGGUAGAAUCGACACUAAGCUGCUGGAAUCGUUUUUGUGUAGGGUUGAGUAGUUGAGUUGGUACUAGAAAUACUGUUGUUUCCUCCAACAAGUAAUGGCUCAUAUACGUUUGGCUCUGGGUUUGCAGGGAUUCCAGAGGGUGUACAACUUGACGGGAGGAAUACAUGCAUAUGCAACCACGGUCGACCCAACGGUUCCCACUUACUAAUAGUUUACUCUAGUACCCAUCAUCUGCCUAAUGUUCAUGGCUUCUUUUUACCUAUUUGCCUAGCUUUUGUAAGUUCAACUUGGUGUAUUAUCAUGUGGCAAGUUAGGCAGCACUUGACCUAUUCAGCCAUUGAACUUUGCUUCCAAUAAAUUGUUCUUUCAAGAUAACCAAUUCACAUACUAAGCCCGCAUAAACAAGCUCCAAAAAAGGCAUCCAUGCAAGCCCUAGAUUGUAAUUACACUCAUGAUGAGAAAUUGGGAUGACGUCACCCAUAAGUUACCAACUUACCAUACCCAAAUUUUCGCUCCCUAGCCUCUAUCUUCUUUGCUACACUUCUAUGGCGUAUGGGAAAUCAAAUGAACUAGGUAAAUAAAAGUAGGCCAAUACUACAGUGCCGCUAUUAAAAUCGCCGCACCGGUGCCGCUUAAUUUUAAUUGGUCCACUUAAGCAACCAGAAAAUGACGUGGACUCCUUAAAUUUAUUAAAACCCAGCCCAAACCCACCGGCCAUCAAUCACCCACCCAUGACCCCAAACAUCUGCCCAUCCCACCAAUUGCUAAAUUGUUUGUUCUGUUUUUUUUCCCUCAAUCAAUCCACUCUUUUUACAGUCAGAGAUUGAGAAGUAACAGAGACAGUUCUCUGUCUCUCUCAGCCUCCUUCUCCGUCGCUCAAAACACCUAAAGUUUCGGCGAUUUGUCCAACGGUCGCUCAUGCCCAUCCUCCGUCUCCGUCGAACUGAUUCACCGCAAUUGGAUCCACAUGAUCCCAAGCCAAACCGAAAUAUAAAUGUCCUCCGACUGCGUCACAAACCUUGUCGGAUUGGAUUCCUCGCCCUUCAUUCCAGGUUUGAAUACUUUAUUUCGUCGGAGGUAAUUGUCCUAGCGGAGUUGAUGAUCCAACUUGAUUCAUAAAACCCAGCACCCAUCUCCCGUGAGAGUCUCGAUCGGAUCACUCCUCCGACCGCCGCAGAACUAGAAUCCCAUGGACGCAGACUGUUGAAUCAGAAUACUGUGGCGGCAGCCUUGUCUGAGCUGUGUUUGGGCUAGGCUCGCGUAUGGCAGAAUCUGGAGAAUGAAUCAGCGAAGGAGAAGCUCGUCGGAAUUGCUGCUUAUAGUCCGUCGGAGCAAGAGAGAGAGGGAGACAACAAAUUGCAUCUGUUUGGGGUUUCUUUUUCUAUUUUUUUUGUUCCCGCGGAAAAUCAAAAGUGAGAAGAAUUAUAAAUUGAUUAAUGGGUCAAGGAACAGUUUAUUAAAAUGAUAAACAGAUUUGGAGAUGGAAGACGGAAGAGACGGAAACAGAGAAAUCUUCGAUCAUUUGGCCAAUAGCAAUUUCGGCCGGUUAGUGGUUAGUUGGUUAUUGAGUUUGUUGUACGGUUUAAUAUAUUCAAUCAGUGCCAUGUCAUCAUCGAUGUGGACCAAUCAAAAACCGCGGCACCGGUGCGCCAUAAAAGUAUAGCUGCACUUGAUUUGGGCUCAGCAACCAGGAUUGAUGGGCUUAAACCAUAAGCAUAAAACCUGAUAAAUUUACUUUGGGCCCAAAGGUUGAACUUGCUCUGGGCUCAGAAUCAUUCAGGCCCGAUUAUUCCAAAAAGUUUAACACGUUAUAGGAAAAAUUUGCUCUCGUUGAGAGUCGAACUCAAGACCUCCCGCUUACUAAACGGGUGCUCUAACCAACUGAGCUACGAGAGCCCAACAGUAAUUUAUCCGAUAGCUUUAAAAUAGUUAAUCCAACUGAAAUCUCAGGCCCGAAUAAAUUCAUCCUCUUCGGUCGAAUAGCUUCAUCGCCUGACAACUAUGAUGAAAUUGCUGGAACAUUACAACCACCUGAAAGCCCUAACAUUUCAAUCGAGAUUCAUCACCAACUCUCCUGUUUUGCAGCGUUCAACGGUACCAGCAUUAGCUGCCACGGUGACAUUCCCCGACGGAAAACCAACGCUCACAGAUGAAGAAAUAACCAAAAUCAACCUCCUAAUCCCGCGCCUAUGCCUCUCGAACACGAACCACCUCCCCACAGCAAUCCAGCUAAUGACAACAGCUCUCCUUACAAACCCACCUCUCCAAUCCCUCUCUUUAUCCAUUUUCAUUCACUCCCUCACCUCAGAACCCGACAUGGCUAAACCCAUGUCACUCCUCACCGUCCUAAGGCACAACCCAAGUGCCCAUGCACAUCUAAGUCCCACCGCUUCCAUGCUCGUCUCUUCCUAUAUGAGAAGGAAGCGCCCCAAAGAGGCGUUGAAAGUGUACCAUUGGAUGCUUAGGCCUGGCUCUGCUUGUAAAGUAGGAAAGGAUGUGUACGGGGUUUUGGUUUAUGGGUUUUGCAACCUGGGUUUGGUUCUUGAUUCCUUGAAGGUUUUGAGGGAUAUGGUGGAUGAGGGAUUGCUACCUGGGAAUGGAUUGAGAAGGAUUGUUAAAAGGAGUUUGUUGUGGGAAGCCAGAGUUUGUGAUGCAGUUGAGCUGGACACAGCCUUGAGUGCCUGCUGCACUGAAGGAGCUGCUGGCGAAUUUUAUACGAAACUACUGAACUUGUUAGAUUCCUUGAUUCGGAAUUGGAGGGAGUAGGAAAAGGUAUCGUCUUCAGUUCGUUUCUAAAUGGUUCUGUACAUUGGCAUUAACGGUUAUGGCUUAAUUUUGAGAUUGAUGAUGUGUUAAUUACUGUUCAGAAAAGUAUUGCACCUGUUGGAUUCUGGCAAGAAAAAGAUGUGCUUGUGAUAUUUAAUUUCCACUCCAUGGUUCAUGUUCUAGUAACUUACAUGCUUUAGGCUAAUGAAACUGCUGAAUUCUAUGAUUUUUCUAACUACUAGUUUAUUUUUUGGUUCUGUGUUAUCCUUGGGGGAGUUUUACCGAUGCAGCCAUAAGUAGUUUCUGCAUUUGAUACCUCAACUUAAGGCUGGACAGCCCUGUUGUAUUGCUACAUAUUGUGGUGAGAUUAUGUUGUUUGCAGACGACUGUAUGAAGUAGAGGGAGGCCUUGUGUGUUGCUAGCUGCUCCAAGUAUGUCAAUACAAAAAAUGGUCACAGCAAUCAAGGAUGUAGUUGCUGAAGAGUCAAGUUUGUACUCUGUGUUGAUUGUUUUCUACUGCACAAUCAUAUAGGGUAGUUUGGUUGUCCUUAGCACCAUCAUUUGUUUCAGCUCAAUCCAUUAUCUAUCUAUCCGUCUAGUGUUUUUGCUAUUGGUUAAGAUUAUAAAGUCUUACUUGUUGGACCGUCAGGUUCAGAUAGGUAUUAGACAAUUUGUGUUAACUGUUAAAUAUUGACGUGAGGGUUGAAAUGCUUCUGCACUGCUUUCUUCCUUGAAUGGAGUUGUGCCUGAACAUAGCAUCUGAUUGAAUGAAUGCAGAACUUUCCCUCUUGCCUAUUCAGUUGUUUGAUCUGAACUUAUUUCAUGUCCUUGGUUUUCAGGAGUAACAUGGCUCGUUCUUGCCUAGCAGUUGUGAGGCUUUCAGGAUACAGUGAAGUGGCGAAUUAGCACAAUUUCACAUCGAAGUGGAUAGUCCGGCGUACCAAGUGUAGCAUCGCUGCAGGCAACAAAAGGAGGAGCAGUUGGACCUUGAUCUGAUGUGAAAAUCCAUAUUUUUAUGUUGUUCUUUGAAUUGAUGCUUGCCGGCUGAGUAAAAGCUAGAAGAGCAGCACAGCAUCUGGUACGGGAAGGGAGUUUCGGUUCCCCUUUUAGUGCAUGACCCGCAACUCUUUAAUGUUGUUCUAUUCCAAAUUGUUCCCGUGAAUGAUUCAUUUUUCUUGCCAUAAAAAAACAAGGGUGCA